CGGGCCGCCGGGGUUGCCCAACCAUCAUGAUUCGGCUGGCUGAGUUGACACUCCCAAGGCUGGUCUAGAAUAGACCAAGUAGGCAGUGCAGCGACUCAUUGGCUGGCAGCCUGGGGAUAUUCCGCGAGUCCCGGUCUCUGUCCUCGAAAGAUGGAAGUUUUAGCCGACGAGGCGGAGUUUUGUCCGGAUCCAGAACCUCCCCGGGAAGCGACCGGCUAUUUCUGUUUUCCGAUCUAGAUCAAAAAGGAUUUGAUGGGCUGGAAUAUCAAUGCAGGAUAGAUUCGAUGUCUCAGAAAACUCCUGGACCAAAUACAUUCCUCGAGUGCGCGACUAUGAACGUGUCUGUGACGACCAAUGGACCGAUACUCUACGAUCCAAAAUCCAGGGUUAAUAUCCUCUCGAUUAUCCUCUCCCCACUCAGCUUGACUUUUCAUUUUCCUGUCGCCUGUGUGCGGUUUAUUGGUGCCAUAGGUCAAUCCAUCCACCCCUUUAGAUGUGUCUACCAAGAGGCAUUGGCCAGAUCCAAAGUCACGAUAAGACAGAAAGCUGUUUUCAUUGACCGUGAAUUUGUGGAAGGGUCGGAUACACAGCCGAGCACCAGGGGAUUGGCUCCUUUACAAGCUCCCAGAGGGCUUACAACCCUUGAUUUCCAUCUCAGGACACUGCUGCGACCCAGUGUGCAAAUCCGUCAUUCCAGGGAUGCGCAGAUUGUCGCUGGCAUCAGACCCAAGAGGGGAUGCAAGGUUGGUUUAAAGGAGCAUUGCAAAAGGAUGUGGCGGUGCUUGAUAUCAUGAGUAAUCGGCCGAUUGAAGUGUGGAUCAGUAAAUCGUGGGUGUGGCUGGAUGAACUUGUACUGGUAUUACAAUAACGGCGAUCGGACAGUAAUCGAAUACUAGCUUGUAGAAAAU